UUCAGCCAGCAACUGGCAAAAUGGAUUACACCCCAGAAGGAGACAGAGCUGAAUGUUCCCUCUGCCUUUAGUAAGGAAAGAGCAGAGAUGAAAUCCGUGGACUGUGUGCACGUCAUCCAACAGAAGGGUAUCUUCUCCUCUCCUCCUGCUCUCCCUGGUGCUGGUUUGGGCAGGAAAGGACUCCUCUCGGUCACAUUCCUGUGGCUUGCAAUGCUCCUGUCCUCUUCUCUUGCAGCAGUGUGUCUUUACCACGUUCUCACACUUAAAGCAGAACUAGCAACUCUCCGCAGCGAGCUGAUCUACAGAGUCCAGGCAAGAGCUCCGCUACCCCAGUCCCAGGAUGAGAGUAAAGAGGGUACUGUAUCCUCUUCUUCCUUGCAGUUAUCAGCAGCUGCUGCCAGGCAGGAAAUCAGGCUGCCUGAUUCUGAGGCAGGUGAAGGUGAUGAAGAGAGAGGCUGGAAUGCAGGCAGAAGCAGAGGGAGAAGGUCUGCUCUGCCCACAGAAGAAAUAAUGCUACAGGCCUGUCUGCAAUUGAUUGCUGAUAGCAAAAGUAACAUCCAACAAAAAGAUGACUCAAGCAUUGUUCCAUGGCUUCUUAGCUUUAAAAGAGGAACAGCUCUGGAAGAGCAAGGAAAUAAAAUAUUGGUCAAAGAAGCAGGUUACUUUUUCAUAUAUGGUCAGGUUUUAUAUACAGAUACAACAUUUGCUAUGGGACAUCUAAUACAAAGGAAAAAGGCUCAUGUAUUUGGUGAUGAUCUCAGUUUGGUGACAUUAUUUCGUUGUAUCCAAAACAUGCCUCAUUCUUAUCCUAAUAAUUCUUGCUAUACCGCUGGCAUUGCAAAAUUAGAAGAAGGGGAUGAACUUCAACUUACAAUACCACGGAGAAGGGCCAAAAUAUCAUUGGAUGGAGAUGGCACUUUUUUUGGUGCAGUUCGACUCCUGUGAUACUCUAUAGUUUUGCAUCAUGCUUAUCUCUGUUCUCUUUUUUUGUUUUUAUGUAAUUGAAAAAAAAUGGAGAUACAGUUAAGCGGCCAAUUCAGUCUUUUUUUUUUAACCCCCUUUCUUCGGUUUGAUGAGCCAGCCCAAAACAGGAAACCCAGCAGACAUAGUUCUGAUGUGACUGUCAUGUGAAUUACCAGAAAUAUAGGUUAUUUUAGGCAAUAGAGGAAUAAAAAUACCAAUGG